AUGUUUGUCCGCGUCGUGGCCAUCCUCGCCACCGCGGCUCUGGCCCUCUCGGCUGCGCCCCCCGACCCUUGCUAUGAAGACGGCCGCCCGAGACGCUGCAUCCCCGACUUCGUUAACGCCGCAUUCGGAAACCCGGUAUUGGCUUCGUCAACCUGUGGAAAACGAGGACCUGAACGCCUCUGCGAUCCACCCGGAGACCAGAAUCCGGAAAACGCCUGCCGAGUUUGUGAUGCUGCACGAUCAGAUAGGCGACAUCCUCCCACGCACUUAACCGAUUUAAAUAAUCCACACGACGUUACUUGCUGGCGGUCAGGCGCUUUACCACCGGCCUCUUACGAUUCUCCACCGGACAACGUCUCCUUAACGCUCUCCCUGGGCAAAAAAUACGAGCUCACUUACGUCAGUCUCCAGUUUUGUCCAAAGGCUGCUAGACCUGAUUCCGUAGCGAUUUACAAGAGCGCCGAUUACGGUAUUACGUGGCAACCGUUCCAAUUCUACUCGAGCCAGUGUAGAAGAGUCUACGGCCGUCCAAAUAAAGCGACAGUUACAUCUGCAAAUGAGCAAGAAGCUAGAUGUUCCGAUUCACAUAGAUUAGGGGAGAAUUCUGGAGGAUCUAGAUUGGCAUUUAGCACUUUGGAAGGUCGACCUAGCGCUGCGAAUUUCGACAUUUCACCUGUGCUACAGGAUUGGGUGACAGCCACUGACGUCCGGGUGGUAUUCAAUAGAUUGCACAUGGUGAAUGAGGGUGAUGAGGUGGACAAUAAGAAGCAGGCGGCGUCGGGGACCCAGCAUUACGCGGUCUCCGAUUUCGCGGUCGGUGGUCGGUGCAAAUGUAACGGGCACGCGUCUCGGUGUAUUCCGACAAAGGGGGAGGAUGGACAGACAAUGCAGCUGGCUUGCGAUUGUAAGCACAACACGGCGGGAAGGGACUGCGAGCGCUGUAAGCCAUUUCAUUUCGAUCGGCCCUGGGGACGCGCUACAGCACGAGACGCCAACGAAUGCAAAGGUUUGUUUAUUCCGAACGAAAACAUUUGCGGCCAUAUUUGUUUCUGUUUGUCCUAG